UGUGUAAAACAUCUAUCGCACAUGAACUGAACGUUUUGAUUGCCCCAUCUGCAGUUUGUCAGCGGCGUGUAUCGAGUAAGAUGUUGCGGAAAUCUUGCAUUUCGAGGGUCCGUUUGCAUUUUUUAACAAAUCUGUGAUAGCCAUUUUAGGGUGUAAACGUCGGAAAAUCGUUUCAACAUUCCGUUGUUCGAUUUACGGUACAGACAAAAGUGUUUUUAGCAUACAGCUCUACGUCAAGUUUCUAUCAAAUGUAUGUAGUUGGCUAGUAAAACAUGGCCGACUGAGAGAACUUCACAUUUCAUGUGUCUUUUGUCACUUCAUCAUUAAAUUUAGUAUUUGGAAUGGAGCUCCGAGUCGGGAACAAAUACAGACUCGGUCGGAAAAUCGGAUCCGGAUCUUUCGGAGACAUAUAUUUAGGAACUAGUAUACUCAAUGGGGAAGAAGUUGCUAUAAAACUAGAAUGUGUCAAAACGAGACAUCCCCAGUUACACAUAGAAGCAAAAUUUUACAAACUGAUGCAAAGCGGUGUUGGAAUACCUCAAAUAAAAUGGUGUGGUUCAGAAGGUGAUUACAACGUGAUGGUAAUGGAACUGUUGGGUCCGUCUCUGGAGGACCUGUUCAACUUUUGUUCGAGGCGUUUUUCGUUGAAAACAGUUCUGUUACUGGCCGACCAACUGAUUUGUCGAAUAGAUUACAUCCAUUCAAAAAAUUUCAUUCACCGUGACAUCAAACCCGAUAAUUUCCUCAUGGGUUUAGGGAAAAAGGGUAAUUUGGUGUAUAUAAUUGACUUUGGCUUGGCCAAGAAGUAUCGUGAUAGCCGGACAAAUAUGCACAUACCAUACCGAGAAAACAAAAACCUCACUGGUACGGCUCGGUACGCCAGUAUCAACACACAUUUAGGAAUAGAGCAAUCCCGGAGAGACGACGUAGAAUCCCUAGGAUACGUUCUCAUGUAUUUUAAUAGGGGCUCCCUGCCCUGGCAAGGACUGAAAGCUGCCACGAAACGGCAAAAAUACGAACGAAUUUCCGAAAAGAAAAUGUCAACGCCUAUAGAAGAAUUAUGUAAAGGUUAUCCAGUAGAAUUUCCGACGUUUUUAAACUUCUGUAGACAGCUUCGUUUUGAAGAGAGGCCGGACUACAGUUAUCUCAGGCAAUUAUUUAGAACACUCUUCCACAGGCAGGGCUUCACUUAUGAUUAUGUUUUUGAUUGGAAUAUGCUCAAAUUUGGAGGCACCAGAGGUGGUGGACAUGGUGAUGAGGGUGUGCGUUCAGGACAACGGUAUCUUACACUUCUCGAUUCUAAUGCCCCUGCCGCUCCACAAACGAGAGGACGAAGGCCCCAUGAUAGAAUGGAUGUAGUGCAAAACAACGCAUCCACCCCCAAUCCUUUAGAGGAUGUUAUUACAAGUAAUUCUCCCAGACUGUAUGACAGUCGAGAACUUCGACUGUCAACGAGGCUACGCGCCGGGCAGGCCCCUAACGCCUCAACAUCUGAUCUCAGCAACGCCAAGCAAACUAAUGCUCCCCCGGGUACUGCGAUGGCACCGCCGAAUCAAGCGGCAUCCACGGGACAACCAGCAGCACCACCUAGACGCGGGAGCAGUUCGAAAGACCCACCGCGUCUGAAGAAAUGAAUUCCAACGUCGUUUCUUCUAUAUUGUCGUAAUAACAAAAACAACAAUUAUAAAGAGACAUGUAAUACAAAACGUCAACGUCGCAUUUAAAACAAAAUCGGAUUUUUCAGUUUCGCUUAUCUUUUUCAAAAUGCGUAUUUUGUACGGUUGUAAUGUAAAUGCUGCAUUCGUAUAAAUGUAUAAAUGCAUACAUACAUACGGACAUACAUGUGUUGUAUCAUGAGAUGAGCAAAAAUUUUUGUACAGUAAGACAGACACAGAAAAUGGUUGUGAAAACGUUUUGAAAGAUCGCGUAACUGUGAGUCAUUUGUGUCGCCGUUUUUGAAAAAAAAAUAUAU